AUGGCCGGCAGAGGAAAAGUGCAAAAGGUGAUGGUUCAACCCAUCAACCUCAUCUUUCGCUACCUUCAAGGCCGAACACGAGUACAAUUGUGGCUUUACGAGAAUGUGACAACGAGAUUGGAGGGCUACAUCUUGGGAUUCGACGAGUACAUGAACAUUGUCGUGGAUGAAGCCGAGGAACUUCAUGUUAAGACCGGAAAUCGCAAAAAGAUUGGACGCAUUCUUCUCAAGGGCGACAACAUCACUUUGAUUCGAACUGCGCCCACCUCA